AUGCUCUUAUCCUUCCCUUCCUCGCCCUUAAGGAUACUCUCAUACAUAGGAAAAGGAGAAGCUUCAUCAACCGCCAGCAUAGAUACGCUCACACAACCGAGGAGCUCCUCACGACUCCUCGCCAUCUUUCUACCUCUUCUCCAUCAGAAAGGACCCAGCAUGGAUUCCUCCGCGGGCCGCGACGCGGGUGUGGGCCCCAGCAGCAGUGUUGCGAAGGUCCCUGGAGCUGGCACCAGCUCAAGCAGUGCCCCAACGGAUCCCUUCAUAUAUCUCGUACAGCACAUCCACCAGUGCGUUGCCAUCUCGCUCCUGCCAGCCGACGACAAGGACGACGGUGCAGUGGUGCGUGGCACCUUGCUAAGUGUUGAUGACCUCUGCAACGUGAUGGUGCAGCACUGGUCAAGCACGGACGCGAUGAAGCUGGACUGUAGCGCUGGUAAUGGUCGGCAACCGCCGCCGCAGCAGCAGCCCCGCAAGCGCGCUCGCCUCGACGCCGUCAGUGGUGGUGAUGUGGAAGAGAGCGUGCGGCUCAUCCGAGGUGCGCAGAUCGUCUCUAUCUCUCUCCUGCCGACGUGA